AUGUCUAAAGUAAAAAUCUCAAUUGAUAGAGGCGGUACCUUCACUGAUUGCUGGGCGGACAUCCCUGGUCAAGGUGAAGUCAUCUUCAAGCUAUUGUCAGAAGAUCCUCAGAAUUAUUCUGAUGCCCCUGGUGAAGCAAUUAGAAGAAUCUUGGAAAAAUAUACAGGGGAACCCAUCGCUAAAGAUGCGAAGCUUGACGGUAACUUGAUUGAAUAUGUUAGAAUGGGUACCACUGUCGCCACAAAUGCUUUAUUGGAAAGAAAGGGUAGAAAAUUUGCCUAUGUCACCACUGAGGGUUUUGAAGAAGUUUUGGAGAUUGGUACCCAAGCAAGACCUGAAUUAUUUAACUUGAAGAUCCAGAAGCCCGGACCAUUAUAUGAUGAGGUUAUUGGUAUCGAAGAAAGAAUCACUGUUGAGACUUCUUCAGAUGAUCCUAAUGAAGUGAUAAUUGAUCCUAGUGACCCGGAAAUUAUUAUAACAUCAUCCACUACGCCGGUUAGAAUAAUCAAACCCUUGAAUAUCGAUCUGAGCAAAAAGCGCCUAACACAGCUAUUUGAAAAGGGAUACCGUAAUUUGGCGGUCUGUUUUGCUCACUCUUUCCUAUAUGAUGACCACGAGAAAAUAAUCUAUAAAUUAGCUAAAGAUGUCGGGUUCCAUCAUAUUUCAAUUUCUUCCGAAGUAUCUAAAAGUAUCAAUUAUUUGAAUAGAGGUAACUCCACUUGUAUUGAUGCGUACUUGACACCAAUAGUUCAAGAAUAUAUUGACGGAUUUUUAUCUAUUUUCAAUAGUAUUCCAAAAGUCCAAUUUAUGCAAUCUGAUGGCGGUUUGACGGAUGCAAAAGAUUUUAGAGGAAUUUCGGCAAUCUUAUCCGGACCAGCAGGUGGUGUUGUUGGUGUUAAGGAAACAUGUUAUGAGAAUAGAGACUUAGUUGGGUUUGAUAUGGGCGGCACGUCUACUGAUGUUUCUAGAGUCAAUGGUAAUAAUUUUGAAAUCUCUUUCGAAAACAAAACCGCAGGUAUCGAAAACAGUGCCGGUCAACUACAAAUUCAUACUGUUGCCGCAGGUGGUGGGUCUAUUUUGAAAUGGGAGAAUGGUUUAUUCCAUGUCGGUCCUGAGUCUGCUGGAUCUCACCCAGGUCCUGCUUCUUAUAGAAAAGGUGGACCAUUAACUGUUACUGAUGCAAACUUGUUUUUGGGUAGAUUGGUGAUCUCCCAGUUUCCUAAAAUUUUUGGGAAAAACGGUAAUGAACCCUUAGAUGGAGAGCUUGUGAGAUCCAAGUUUGAGGAAUUGACAUACACUAUAAACAAAGAUACAGGGAAAAAUCUUUCAUCUGAGGAUGUAGCAUUAGGAUUCUUGAAUAUUGCUAAUGUCAAGAUGGCUAAUUCAAUCAGAGAUAUUACGGAAUCUCGAGGUUACGUUACCAAAUCUCAUACAUUGGUUUCAUUUGGUGGUGCCGGAUCGCAAAAUUGUUCUGCUGUUGCUAGAAAUUUGGACAUCAAUAAAGUAGUGAUCCAUAAAUAUUCUUCCAUUUUAUCAGCGUACGGUAUUGCCAAGGCGAAAAUUACUUAUGAUUUGACUGAACCAUACAACUCUGAGUUCUCUAAUGAUGCCCUUGAAAAAGCGCAAAGCACUAUUUCUGAUUUAAAGGAAAAAGUUGUGACUUACCUUGUCGAAAAUCAAGGAAUUAAGGAUCAAGAAGACAUUGAUAUUGUUGUGAGUUUAUCAAUGAAGUAUAAGGGAUCCAAUACCUCCUUUUUAAUUGAAGCUGUGAACGGCGACUAUGUUACUCCGUUUCUCCAAACCCAUGAAAGAGAAUUUGGAUUCAAUAAUCCUAACUCCCAAAUACUUGUUUCAGCAAUUAAUGCUAAGGGUGUGGCUUCGCCUAAUGGCAAAGAGGCUCCUAUUUCUAUCGAUGAUCAGAUAAAACAAGUGAAAUUGUUAGCCAAAACAGUAGAUAGCAACGAAACUCAGCGUGUUGUAUUUGAAAAUGGUAUUUAUGACAACACUAAAAUUUACCGUUUACAAAAUAUUGAAAAAGGUGCAGUUAUACCUGGUCCUGCGUUAAUUAUUGAUGCCACACAAACAAUUUUAGUUGAUCCUAAUUCACAAGCAUAUAUUUUGGAUAGCCAUGUGCUAAUCGAUUUAUUUGAGCCAAAAUUAGGCGAAGCAAAUAAUGAUAAUGACGCAGCUGUCGAAAAAUCAGGAUAUGUGGCUGACCAUGAAAUCAAUGAGAGCACACCAUUAGAUCAGGCAGAUCCAAUAUUAUUGACAGUUUUUGGACAUAGAUUCAUGGGGAUUGCUGAAACUAUGGGUAGAACAUUACAACGGACUUCGGUUUCUUCUUCAAUCAAGGAAAGAUUGGAUUUUUCAUGUGCUAUCUUCGAUUCUGAAGCAAGAUUAUGUGCUAAUGCUCCUCAUAUCCCAGUCCAUUUGGGAUCAAUGCAGUUUGCAAUCCGUUAUCAACAUGAAUUACAUAAAGAUACUUUGAAACCUGGUGAUGUACUUGUGUCAAACCACCCUGAAGCAGGUGGUACUCACCUUCCUGAUAUUACGGUUAUCACUCCAGUGUUCCACAAAGGGGAAAUCGUCUUCUAUGUUGCAUCUCGUGGUCAUCAUUCAGAUAUUGGCGGUGCUGGUAUUACUGCAAUGAGUCCAAACACUAAGGAGUUAUGGCAAGAAGGGGUUUCUAUCAAAAGUUUCAAGUUAGUUAGUGAAGGCAAUUUUAACGAAGAAGGGAUUGUGAAAUUAUUCAACCAGGUUGCUGAAAUGCCGGGCUGUUCAGCGACAAGAAAUAUCAGCCAUAAUUUGAAUGAUUUGAGAGCUCAAGUUAGUGCUAACAAAAAGGGUAUUACAUUGGUUGAAAAUCUUUUCAAUGAAUAUGGGAAACAAUUUGUUCAAUAUUACAUGAGAGCAAUCACGUAUAAUGCUGAACUUGUGGUUCGUGAUUUUUUUAAAAAAGAGUAUCGAAAGAAUGGUGGUAAAGCAAUGGAAGCUGAAGAUUAUUUUGAUGAUGGAACCAAAGUAAAAUUGAAAAUCACUAUUGAUGGGGAUAAAGGUGAAGCAUAUUUUGAUUUUUCUGGCACAGGCCCAGAAACAUAUGGUCCAAUGAAUACCCCUGUAUCGAUUACCCAUUCUUGUGUCAUUUAUGUCGUCCGAUGCUUGAUUGAUUUGAACAUUCCUUUAAACCAAGGUUGUCUUGUACCAUGCCAUAUUGAUAUUCCUAAAAAUACUAUAUUGAACCCUAGUGACUUUGUUGCCAUUUGUGGUAGCACUAUUUCAGGACAAAGAAUUACUGAUGUAAUCUUGAAGUGCUUUGGUAAUGUUGCUGCAUCUCAAGGUUGUGCAAACUCUUUUGGUUGGGGCCGUGGUGGUAAAGACCCUUACACCGGUAAGGUGGAACCUGGUUUUGCGAUGGGUGAGGCUCUUGGAGGUGGUGUAGGCGCAUUGGAAGGGUAUCACGGUGCAUCAGCCUGCAAUGUUCAUUGCACGAAUACCAAGACAACUGAUAUCGAAGUUGUUGAAGCCAGAGCUCCGGUGAUGAUAACUAAAUGGGCAAUUCGUAAAGGAUCAGGUGGUGAAGGUAAAUGGAGAGGAGGUGAUGGAGCUAUUCGUGAGAUUGAGGCUCGUGUGCCUUUACGAGUAUCUAUCUUAUCAGAGAGGAGAGUCUUUGCUCCUUAUGGUGUAGAAGGUGGUGGACCAGGGGCCACGGGUCAAAACUUGUGGUUCAGAAAACAAGAAAAUGGUGAAUAUAUUGUUACAAAAUUGGGGCCUAAGGAAAUCAUUUAUGUGAAGGCCUUUGAUCGUGUUCAAAUUCAAACUCCUGGAGGAGGAGGAUUUGGCCAGUCGUGA